CAUGCUAGAUCCAGACUUGCCCCUGACACGAGUAGAGUACCACCAACGGGGAAAUCCAAGGGAAAACGAAGAAGCCUAUGGCUACAUUUCCAGUUAUGCUCCUUAUGACAAUAUCAGUCAUCAACUUGACACCAGAAAAUGUGACGUCGGGAAUAAGUCAUCGAUCUUAGUCACGGCUGCAAUGCAAGAUCAACGAGUGCCCUACUGGCAUCCGUUGAAGUGGGUGGCCCGAAUGAGAGCAAGACAAUCGAAUUUCUAUUUUCCUUCGAGUGGGAACGAAGAUAAUCUAUUAAUCUUGAAGACUGACCUGGAGAAGGGACAUUUUGGUGGGGGAAGGAAUCAUCGGGAGAAAAUCAAGGACUUGGCAUUUGAGCUCGCAUUUCUUGUCUCUCGGGUUCAACCCGAAUGA